AAUCACUGGUCGCCUGCUCAUUUUGUAAAUGUUUAGGGAUUUUUAUUUUAUUUUAACGGUUAUUGGAUAUUCAAAUUAUGAAAAUUUAAGCUUAGGGUAUAGUUUAGCCUACCUGCAUCUUCCUCUGGCGAACUCCUAGCUUCCUCUUUCUCCGGCGAAAUUGAUGGAUACUGUAAAAGUGUGAUCUGCUUUUCACAGGAGGACCAUGCUACGCCAACUUCAUCAGAAAUUGUGGGGUAGAAAGGUGAUUGUUACCCGAAUGUAUAGUUCUAAAGAAUCAAUGGAAGACAAACUCGAUCCGCUGAAUAGGCUUUGUAAAAUUAUGAUGUCUUGUCCAAAAUUGGGCCUUGACACAGAGCUUGACCAAAGUGGGAUUAGGAUUUCAUCAGAGAUGCUUGACGAUGCCCUUAAGAGAUUUGAGAAUGCUGGAAUGCUUGCGUAUCGUUUAUUUGAAUGGGCUGGGAAGCAACAUAAUUAUGAACAUAGCACGAGAUCCUACCACAUCAUGAUUGAAUCUCUUGCCAAGAUAAGGCAAUAUCAGAUUAUGUGGGAUCUUGUAAAUAAGAUGAAAACCAAGGGAAUGCUUAAUAUUGAGACUUUUUGCAUAAUCAUGAGAAAAUAUGCUAGGGCGCAAAAAGUAGAGGAAGCUGUUUACACUUUCAAUAUCAUGAACAAGUUCGAUGUGCCCUCUAACCUGGCCGCUUUUAAUGGCUUAUUGAGUGCUCUAUGUAAAUCAAAAAAUGUGCGAAAAGCUCAGGAGAUUUUCGAUAGUAAGAAACAUGAAUUUGUUCCUGAUACAAAAACUUAUAGCAUAUUGAUUGAGGGGUGGGGAAGGGCUCCCAAUCUGCCUAAGGCAAGGGAAGUUUACAGGGAAAUGAUUGAGGUGGGCUGUAAUGCUGAUAUUGUGACUUAUGGGAUCAUGGUUGACAUCCUUUGCAAGGCUGGUAGGGUCGACAAGGCCGUUGAAAUUGUCAAGGAGAUGGAGUUCAGCGGUUGCAGGCCAACAUCUUUCAUUUAUAGUGUUUUAGUUCAUACAUAUGGGCUGGAAAAUCGGAUUGAAGAUGCGAUAGAUACAUUCCUUGAGAUGGAAAAAAAUGGAGUUGAGGCUGAUGUAGCAGUAUAUAAUUCUCUAAUUAGUGCUUUCUGUAAGGUAAAUAAAUUCAAAAAUAUCUAUAGGGUUCUAAAUGACAUGCAAUUGAAGGGGGUGACCCCGAACGCAAGGACUUGCAAUAUCAUUCUGAGUGGCUUGAUUGCUCGAGGUGAGACUGAUGAUGCUUUUAAGGUUUUCCGUAGGAUGCUCAAAAUUUUCGAUCCUGAUGCAGACACGUACACUAUGAUGAUUAAGAUGUUUUGCGAGAGGAAUGAGCUGAAGAUGGCUCAUAAAGUGUGGAAAUAUAUGAAACGCAAGCAAUUUGUUCCAGGCAUGCACACCUUUUCUGCAUUUAUUAAUGGGCUGUGCGACAAUGCUGAUGUUUCUAAGGCCUGUGUGUUGAUGGAAGAGAUGAUAGAGAAAGGAAUGCGUCCUGGUAGGAUGACAUUUGAAAAAUUAAGACAGUUACUUCUCAAGGAAGGGAGAGAAGAUGUACUUGAAUUCCUUCAGCUGAAAAUAAAUCUUAUGGUGAGGGAGCCCUUGUCUGAUUAAGAAACCAUCUGUAUUGAAUCUUUGAUUAUUCCUGAUUAUGAUUGCAAUUCCCAAAUCUGAGAUUUAGAGUCAGAAUAUCAAAGUGCCUUGAACUGCUUCAGAGCAGAAAAGAUUUCCAGAUAAGGACUUCAUCAGUGAGACUUAUUCGGAGCGCUUAGCAAACUUUAAGUUGGGAAAAUAAGGCCAGUCCUCGUAAAAUACUAGAGUGUAGAAAAGGUAUAGAGUAUAAUACAACUCUUAGCUUCUCUUUAUUGCUGCUUAACUUGGUUUCUCUAACUAUAUUUACCUCUUUUGGGUGCAGUUAGUUCCUUUCCUUUUUCAGAUAACUUAUAAAAGAAACUUUAGCAAAAAAAAGAUGGUUCAUACAAGUGGACUAAAAGCCAAGCACAAGGUCAGAAUGCAUGUAACGAUACAGUUAGUUUUGGUCCCUUCUAUCUAUCUGCUAAUGCAUACCAUGGUUCUGGUGGGUUAUUAGUACUCAGAUCUGCAUAUCCCAUCUUCUGCAUGUGUUAUUUCUCUGCUGGAUGUUUUCUUGAUUUUUCAUUCGCUUUUUCUGUAUUAUGAUGAAGGAAAAAAAAGAAGAAAGAACAAAAACCAUCUCACUUUGAAAUUUGAGUUAAGACACAUAAGAAAUGAAGCUUCAUACUAAAAUUAAUGUAUUUAUAUUUCACAGUGGAGCGCUCUCGUAAUUUGUUUCUUUUCUCCUGAAAACUUUAAUUUACCCCUUUUUCUAAAUCGUCAAAGGUACUUUUUGAAUGUGUCUUACCACUUCUUGUUCUAUUGGUUCCGCGAACUCAGUUUCUGCUGCUGCUGCUGCGAAUUCUCUUCUUCACAUUUCCUCUAUGCCUUUUCUCAUUCUUUUUUCUGUCGAGGAUCUUCAAUCUGUAUAUAUGUGCUCAGCCAACAUGGGACUAGUUCAGUGCCUCUUGCAAACGAACUAAUGAAAGAGGUGAAAGAACUGAACGAACUAAUGAAAGAGGUGAAAGAACUAACAGAGGACAAAAUCUUCUGCCAAGGUAUAAUCCUGCUCUAAUUUUUUUCUUCUACUUGGUACUUGAUACGGUUGAUGUACUUUUGUCCUAGUCUCAGCCUUGACUUCUUCUAUCUGCCAGCCUUCUUUUUCCUGUCCUUUUUAUUCUUUCCACCCCUACUCUCUCCUUCUCUACUGAUCUUGUCUGGUUGCAAAUCAGCAACACUACAAUUGUACAGCUAGAUCAUUCGUGAAACAAACUACCGACAGUAUAAAAUUACUAACAAAUCUAGUAAAAACUAAUAUAGAAGAAUAUCAAAGAACCCAAGAUAUAGAAUAUAUAGAAUAUAUAUUAGAAAGCUUAAAAGAAAUAAUUAGACUAAUUCCACUACAAAGAGAAUAUUAUGAAAAAGCUUUUACAUUUGACUAAAUUAUAAAUGAAAUUAAAUAAAAAUAGAAAGGACACUAAAAAUAAAGAAAGGACACUAAAAAUGGUAUCAGAGCUAUAGAUUAAAAAUGAACAAAGAAGAAUUUGCCAUAGACGAAAAAACAUAUGAAAAUCAAGAUGGAUUGAAAAUAAAAAUAAUAUUUUCAAAUUUAGACAGAAGAUAUAAAAAGAUAGGAGACCAAUUAUACCUAAUGAUAGAAAAAGAAACAGCAAGAUUAGAAGAUAGUUUAACAGCUAUGACGAGAAUAAGUAAAGAAAAUGAAGAAAUUGAUAAGAAAAAAGAAAUAGAAAUUAUUAAAAAUCAAGCAAACAGGGAAAUACAACAAUUAGAAGAAACUAAAAACACAAAAAUUAUAGCAUUAGAAAAAGAAUUAAACAUGUUAAAAGCACUAUAUGAAAACAAGCAAAGAGAGAAAAAUAAAGAAAUAGAAUUAACAGAUGAGAUAAAUAAAUUUAAACAAAUAUUACAACCAGAAGAAAUUCCCAGAAUUGAUGAAAUAGAUAGAAUUGAAGAAAUAGAUAACAAUAUAAAUGACCAAAAGUCAGAAUCAAGUGAAAUAAGUGAAACGUAUACAGAACUCUUAGAAAAUAUAGAAAAAAUAAAAAAUGUAGAAAUAAAUACAGGAGAUGUAAAUAAGGAUGAAAAGCAUAAUAAGUGCAAUAAAAGGAAAUCUCAUAUAUCAAAAAUUCAAAUUCAUAAUAAGUGCCAAUUAUUCAAUAGCAAUAAAUGAUAGGAAUAUAGAUAAAUCAUUAGUAUUAUACUGGAAAAUGUCAGGAAUAGAAUUAACACCUGGAAGUAAAAUAUUUACAGCUAGAUGUAAAAAUCUAUACGUCUUAACAACAAAAUAUAAAAUAGUAGCAAAAAAUAAAAUUAAUAAAAUUAAAAUAGAAAACCCGUUUAGGAGUGGAAGAUGUGAACUGUUUUCUCACAUCAGUUAAGACUCAUAUUAUUCGUGCAAGCACCUCGGAAGGCCUAUCUCUUGACAACCCUGUCAGUAGAUGGCCGUGGCUGACCUAGUCCAUUCAAUUAACUAGCUCGAGGGAAGAACUGCUGAGAACAAGCAAAGAAAGACGCUGAGAUUUGAAAAUGAGCUACCACCCCGACCUUCCAGAACAUAACUCUGAGGAUAUGGCACACAAACCUUUUGUAUACUCAGUUUUAAUUUUAAAAAGCUGCGCUUUUGUUUCCUUCCUCUCUAGCUAGCUAUGUCUUGUCUCCGUUGAUAAGCUUGGUAUACAGGUAGGAGAGAUCACUCAUGAAACCAAGAUACUCGACCCUUAUCGUACCUUUCAGCCUCAUCGGAACAGGCAGCACUUGAACCGGAAGGUGAUAAUAUUGAACAAAUGGAAGUCUGGCCUCUAUUCCUUUUGAUGAUUUAAGCAUGUCCCUAUGUCCUAUGUAUAUAUGCAUGCAUGUAUUGUAAAUGUGAAACAACAUUUGAGUAUGACUCGUAUUAAACGAGUUUCGAUCUGA